AUGGGUCUGUUCGGCAAGAAAAAAGAUCCAAAAGAAGAGGUGCGCGAGCUCCAGCGAAAAAUGCGACAGGAGAUGAGAGCAUUGGAUCGUCAAGUGUAUUCCAUACAGCGAGAAGAACAAAAAGUCACCAAAGAAAUCAAGGAAGCAGCCAAGAAAGGAGAUAAAGACUCGAUGAUUCAAUCUAGAAAAGCAAUCAGCAAAAUACAUUGCUCGAAAGCUCAAAUCAACUCGGUAAUAAUGUGCAUGCAGGAACAGUUGGCUACAAUGAGAAUGGCUGGAUCUCUUCAAAAGUCCACAGAAGUCAUGAAGAGCAUGCAACAGUUGGUGAAGGUCCCAGAAAUUAUGAAAACAAUGAGAGAGAUGUCCGCUGAAAUGAUGAAGCUGGGAAUCAUAGAGGAGAUGAUAGAAGAAACGUUGGAGAGUGUAGAGGCACCUGAUCUCGAAGAGAAAGCUCAGGAAGAAGUGGAAAAUAUCCUUUGGGAAGUCACUCAAGGAGAGCUUGGCAAAGCUCCACUUGCCGUCAAAUCGAAUAUCGGUGGAGUUGUCACUCCGGCUGCCGAAGACUUCGAAGGAAUGGCUCAACGGCUUGCUGAACUUCGAGACUGA